UCGCGGUCGUCCCGAAAGAUGGUCAAGUUCGUCGCCGCCGUAAUGCUGGGCCUUGCCCUGGCGUCAGCUGUCUCUGGGGCGAGCAACAAGAAGAAGGCCAACUCCACUGACGUCGCCCCCGCCCCUGCCCCCAGCCACCACCAUGGCGGCGGCCACCGCGGAGGCGACGACUUCCCACCCUGUGACGGCGCCUUCCCUCCCAGCGAGGGCGCCUUCCCCCCUGACGAGGGCCCAUUCCCCUUCCCUCCCCGUGACGGCCUGCCGCCUGUUGGCGCCCCCCUCGGUGCCCUGCCCCCCUGUGGCUCCCGCCCCGGCGGCGACGAUCGCCACGGCGGCCCUGGCAGCGACCGCGAAGGCGGCCCUGGCGGCGACCGCGAAGGCGGCGCCUCUGAGUCAGGCCGCGGCAACGAUGACGAGGGCCACGGCUCCUCCGGCAGGGGCGAGGGCGCUGGCAAUGGCAACAACGGCGAGGAAGGCGGCUCAGGCCGCGGCAAAGAUGACGAGGGCCAGGACCCGGCUGAUGACAACAACACCGACAGCGAGGGCGCCGGCGACGCCGGCAAGGAGAGCGACGGCGCGCCGCCGCCCCGCCCUGGUGGCCGCCGCAGCGGGGCUGCCUGAGCCUAGCUGCGGUCCUGCAUGUAUGUACAAGCUGAGAAUGCUUCCCCCAUUCUUCCAUUCUCUUAUUCACUGAUUCCAUUAUUCAUCCCCGCAUGAUGCCCCAUUUUGCCCAUCUGUCCCCUUCCACUGCCGGCGG